AUGGCUUCAUUUUCUUCUUCUGCUAAGGUCAUUGUGACUUUGGCUUUCUUUGUGCUCUUCAUUGGCAGCUCCUCGGCUCAACUUUCGACUAAUUUUUACUCCCAAUCUUGUCCGAGGCUUUUCCCCCCUGUGAAAUCUGUUGUGCAAUCUGCAAUAUCAAAAGAAGCGCGGAUUGAGGGUCCAUAUAAUGUCCAUGGUUGCGAUGGAUCACUCCUCCUCGACGACACAUCUUCUUUUACAGGAGAAAAGAGGGCAGCUCCAAAUGUCAAUUCUGUUCGAGGAUUUGAUGUGGUUGACAACAUAAAGUCCGCGGUAGAGAAUGUGUGCCCCGGUGUGGUCUCUUGUGCUGAUAUAUUGGCUAUUGCUUCCAGAGAUUCUGUUGUUACUCUUGGAGGGCCUAGUUGGAAUGUAAAACUUGGAAGAAGAGAUGCCAGAACAGCAAGCCAGGCUGCUGCCAAUAGAAGCAUUCCGCCUCCAACUUUUAAUUUGAAUGCCCUCAUUUCUAGUUUCAGUGCCGUUGGCCUUUCCACCAGGGACAUGGUUGCCUUAUCGGGUUCUCACACAAUUGGACAAGCAAGGUGCACUAAUUUCAGAGCUCGCAUAUAUAACGAAACCAACUUGGACAGUUCAUUAGCACAAACAAGGCAAGGUAACUGCCCAAGGACCGCUGGCUCAGGUGACAACAAUUUGGCACCUCUAGACCUCCAAACUCCUACUACUUUCGAGAAUAACUAUUACAAGAACCUUGUCAACCGACGGGGACUGCUGCACUCUGAUCAGCAACUCUUUAACGGUGGAUCGACCGAUUCAAUUGUGAUGACAUACAGCAGCAAUCCAAACACUUUCAAUUCUGAUUUUGUCGCGGCCAUGAUCAAGAUGGGAGAUAUAAAGCCUCUCACUGGAACAAAUGGAGAAAUAAGGAAGAAUUGUAGGAGGAGGAAUUCAAAGCUUUCUACUGCAUGA